GAGGGAUACGGCGGCCGUUCUCGUGGCGCCAGAAUUCGGAGCGCGGCGAGGUGGGCGCGGGAGGCGCCGCCGCCGCCAUGGUGAUGCUGCGCAGCGGCGCGGGGGGCUGCAGGAUGUCGCUCCGCACCGCGCUGAACUCCAGCUCUGAGUUCCUGUCGCUCGACUUGCCCUCGUCGCCCGCCCGCCGUGUCCGGACCCGCGCCGGGGCCGCCGCUGCCCGCGCCCAGAGCAGCGAAUUUUCUGCUGACAAAGUUGAACGUUGCACUGGACACCGUUUGAGAUCAAUGAGAAAAAAUAACCUGUCAUCUUCAGACUCCAGCUUUGACAAUAGUAUGGAGGUACUAAGUGAGAAUGUUAAUGGAAGGCACUUUACAAGGCAGUCAGCAAAGCUGCAGGCUGACAAAAAAAAUGAAGAUUGUAAAGAAGUCACCAGAUCACUGAAGACCAGAGCAGAGGUGAAAGCGGCAGAGCAAGUUCAUGAAGAGAGCAGAGAUGUGGAGGUCCGUCGCAGCUGCCGAAUUAGGCGAAGCCGAUAUAGUACUACAAACCAAUCUGUAUUGUUUGACAAACUUAUAACAAACACUGCAGAAGCAGUCUUGCAAAAAAUGGAUGACAUGAAGAAGAUGCGUAGACGCAGAAUGAUGGACCUGGAAGAUCUUGGAGUGUUUAAUGAUGCAGAAGAGGAAAACCUUGAUAUGUACUCUCGAGGAAAGCAAAAAAUGGAGAUUCAAAGAACUGAUGAAGAAACGACUGAUAACCAAGAUGGCAGCGCAGAGUCAUCAGAAGAAGGUGAAGACCAAGAAGAUGAUGAUGGAGAAGAUAAUCAGAAGCGCUAUGACCUGAGACAAAGGAAAACAGUUGUACGCUAUCAAGCCCCAAUGGAAAAGCCCAGGCAUCAAAGAAAGCCCAAGCUAUUUUAUCCAUCCUCCCCAUCCCCGGUGAGACGACGAUAUUCUUUUAGCUCUGCAGGACCGCGAAGUCCUUACUGUAAAAGAAUUACAAGACGGAAACAUGCAAUCCAUAACAGUGAUUCUACAUCCUCCUCCUCUUCCUCUUCUGAUGAUGAAGAACGUUUUGAGAGGCGUAAGAAGCGCAGCCGUAACAGAACUUUAAGGAGGUGCCUUCCACUUAACUUUCGAAAAGAUGAGUUAAAGGGAGUUCACAAAGAUCGAAUGAAAAUUGGAGCAAGUCUGGCUGAUGUUGAUCCAAUGCAAAUAGAUUGUUCAGUACGAUUCAGUAGUGUUGGUGGCCUCUCUACCCAUAUUUCAGCUCUGAAAGAGAUGGUGGUUUUUCCACUACUUUAUCCAGAAGUGUUUGAGAGAUUCAAAAUUCAACCUCCAAGAGGCUGUCUGUUCUAUGGUCCACCUGGUACUGGAAAGACCCUUGUGGCCAGAGCGCUUGCUAACGAAUGCAGUCAGGGUGAUAGGAGAGUAGCAUUCUUUAUGAGAAAAGGAGCUGAUUGCUUGAGUAAGUGGGUGGGAGAAUCUGAACGACAGCUCCGAUUGUUAUUUGAUCAGGCCUAUCAGAUGCGGCCUUCAAUCAUUUUCUUUGAUGAGAUAGAUGGUCUGGCUCCUGUACGAUCAAGUAGACAAGACCAGAUUCACAGUUCUAUUGUAUCUACACUACUUGCACUUAUGGAUGGUUUAGAUAGCAGAGGAGAGAUUGUAGUGAUUGGAGCCACCAACAGAUUAGAUUCGAUAGAUCCUGCUUUACGACGACCUGGGCGCUUUGAUAGAGAAUUCCUUUUCACCUUGCCAGAUAAAGAAGCUAGAAAAGAGAUCCUCAAGAUUCACACAAGAGACUGGAACCCUAAGCCGUUGGAUACUUUUCUUGAAGAAUUAGCAGAAAAAUGUGUUGGAUACUGUGGUGCAGAUAUUAAGUCCAUAUGUGCUGAAGCUGCUUUGUGCGCUUUACGUCGACGUUAUCCUCAAAUAUACACUAGCAGUGAGAAGUUGCAGUUGGAUAUCUCUUCUAUUAAAAUAACAGCCAAGGAUUUUGUUGUGGCUAUGCAAAAGACUGUACCAGCUUCUCAGAGGGCUGUUACAUCGCCCAGUCAAGCACUCUCACCUGUUUCAAAACCCCUGCUCGAAACCACGCUUCACAAAAUUUUAGAGGCCUUAAACAGAGUUUUUCCACAUGCAGAGCUUGGAUUAAGUAAAGGACAAAAAUCAGAUGUUGCAAAUCAUAUUUUAGAAAAUGGUUUAAUGUACAGUGAUGAGGAGUCCCCUUCAAUGUUUGAAGAUGACCUUUUUCAAAAAACACCUAAGCGGAAAGAAAACUUCCUCAAUUUCAACAGAAGUGCUUAUCACCAGCCAACUUCUUACAGACCACGACUCUUAAUAGCUGGAGAGCCAGGCUAUGGACAGAGCUCUCAUUUGGCUCCAGCAGUAAUACAUGCCUUAGAAAAGUUUGCAGUGUACACAUUGGAGCUCUCAGUCUUGUUUGGCAUUAGCACUACAUCACCUGAAGAAACAUGUGCACAGUUAAUCCGUGAAGCCAAGAGAACAGCGCCAAGUAUAAUUUAUAUUCCACAUGUCCACUUAUGGUGGGAGACAGUUGGAUUCACGUUAAGAGCUACAUUUACAACAAUAUUACAGAAUAUUCCAUCGUUUGCUCCAGUGUUGCUACUUGCAACAUCAGAUAUGUGCUAUGCAGCUCUGCCACAAGAGGUGCAGGAACUGUUUGUUGAUGAUUAUGGAGAAGUUUUCAAUGUCACAUUGCCUAACAGUGAAGAAAGAAGAAAAUUUUUUGAGGAUUUAAUUUUACACCAAGCUGCUAAACCUCCUGUAUCAAAAAAGAAAGCAGUUUUGCAGGCAUUGGAAGUCCUUCCAGUAGCCCCACCACCUGAGCCACGACAACUGACAGAGGAGGAGGUGAAACGGCUUGAGGAGCAGGAGGAAGAUACGUUACGUGAGCUUAGGAUUUUCUUAAGGAAUGUUACUCACAGACUGGCUAUUGACAAACGUUUCAGGGCAUUUACUAAACCUGUGGACCCAGAGGAGGUACCUGAUUACAUCCAAGUUAUUAAACAACCCAUGGACCUUUCAACAGUUAUCUGUAAAAUUGACCUACACCAGUAUCUGACUGCAAGAGACUAUCUGAAGGAUAUUGAUCUAAUCUGUAGCAAUGCCUUAGAAUACAAUCCAGACAAAGAUCCUGGAGAUCGUCUCAUCAGACACAGAGCCUGUACGUUGAGAGAUACAGCAUAUGCAAUAGUCAGAGAAGAAAUGGAUGAGGACUUUGAACAACUUUGUGAGGAAAUUCAGGAGUCCCGUAAGAAAAGAGGUUGCAGCUCUUCGAAGUAUGCUCCAUCUUACUAUUAUGUGAUGCCAAAGGAGAACUCCAUAUCUGAGUGCAAGAACCUGGAUCUCGAGUGUCAUGAAAAAGUGAAGGUGCCAGCUAUGCCCAUGGAUUCUAGCACACCCUUUUCUAAUGCUUUAUCAAAAAGAAAGCCUCGCAGAAGGAACAGAUGGUCCUUGGGUAGUAUAACAAAGAAGAGGAGAAUUUCUCAAUUCAAUAAAGAGAACAAAAUUCCAGAAGAGGAGGAGGAAGAGGAGGAAAUUCCAAGUGAUGGAGAAGAAUUUCUGGAGAACUCUGCUUCUAGUCUGGAUCAGACUGAAGUUGUAGCCAUCCAUGGUUCUUUGAUGGAAGAAGGAGAAAUUGCUCUUCAGGAACGGCAGACAAAUUGUUGUGAAAAUAAAUCUGAGGUAACCAGCUGUGACAAGGCUAAGCAUGUAUCUGAAAAGGAGGCCAGUAAUACUUCAGUAUGUUUAGAACCGAGAAAGGAAAGUGAAGGAUGUAAUGGAGAAAUUCCUCAUUCUCAAAUAAUAGAAAACUCUGGAGAGAGAGAUUCCAAUGAUGGCUGCAUACUUCGCAUGACUCGUGCUAGACGUUCUCAAGUAGAACAGCAGCAGCUCAUCAGCGUUGAGAAAGCUAUGGAGAUUCUCUCAGAGCCAGCUUCUCCAUUUAUCGUGGACUAUGAAGAUCUUAAAAAACUGUUGACUAUUGUCACGGAAAAAAGUAGAGGCUACCAUAUAUUUCAUUUGGAAAAACUAUAUGCAAUACUCAGCCAGUGUAUCUAUCGACAUCGCAAAGAUCAUGACAAGACCAAAUUAAUACAGGAAAUGAAGAAAGAAAUUGCACUCUUCAGUUAGUUUCAGUUAUGUGAUCUGUAGUUUGCAUGAUUUUCUAAUAUUUUAUUAUAAUAUUAUGCUUUUUGCCACCUGUGCAUUCAAUGCAAGUAAUUAUACAUAUAUAAAUAUAUAAAAAUAUGUUGAGACAAGAUGAAGUCUUUAAACUACUUGUUUUUACUGUAUGAUCUUGGGUGAUUAAAUAGUGAAGUAGAACAGCAGUGCAUUUGAACUAUUGAGAUCAUUCUACCCAGCUGUCUCUUCAGGAUGUGUGCCUUUAAGAGCUUUUUUUCUUGUGACUUAUCAGUGCCUUUUUACUACAGCUUUGUACAUCUUUCAGGUACUCCGCAGUGCCUCUUUUGAAACAAAGAAGUUUGGGAACUUGAUAAACUUUGUAAACUUUCUUAACUUUUUAGAAUAUAUUUGUAUUUUGAGACUAUCUAUAUGUUGUUCUAAAUAUUGUAUAUUACAUAAAGGCUUUAAAAAUGUGCAAAAAUAAAUUCUACGGAAAUUCUA